AUGUCAAAAGUGAUUCAUCAUAAACCAGAUCAGCCCAAAGACAGAACCCUCACUCCCCAAGAUUCCAGACAGUGUAUGUCAUGUGGGAAGUGCUGGCCUUGGGUCACUUUUGAUGUGGAGAUUGUACAUCAUACCUCAAAUGUGUGUACGAGAUGUGCCGCGCCGGAGAUAGAAGCCAGAAGGUGGAAGGAGUUAGGCCAGCAGAUGCAAAAAGACCUUCUCAAAGCCAAGCAAAAAUUAUCAAACCACCGAAGAGAUACUGCACCUCCUCAACACGGCCAAUCAGCCAUCAUCCGACCUCAACGCCAGCCUGAGCCCCAGCCAGAGAUUCGCCGAGCGGUCUCCGGAGAGGUUAGACAGAAAUUUCUUUCGGAUGAGCAGCUGGCAGCGAUCAGGACGAACUUACAUGUGUUGAGAAGCAUCAAAGAACCUCAGAGAGCUAUUUUGUGGAUCGAAUUAACCUUCCGACCUCGACCUGUUGUAACCCCUCGAGCACCGUCCUCCAUCUCCCAGUUGACCAUCUACCAAGCGUACAAGGCAUUCUUCGAUACAUUAUCAUCUCAUCCCGAUUCUCACCUCUAUCCGACCGAUACACCAUUGAUGGAUGGAUCACAGUUGAUCAAAUUAAUUAUAAAGCUAUAUCAGGAGGUAGGCGUGAGGAUGAUUGGAAAACCUCAUUAUACCAUCGAAGGGUUAGAAUGGAGACCUCUAGAUCAAAGUAGGACAAUUCAAGCUCAACCGCAAAUACAGUCAGGAAUGGGUUAUAAUGCCGAGGUGUCACCGGUACCAAUUAUGCAACAUCAGCAUCAUCAGCAACAUCAGCAACAUCAGCAACAUCAGUAUCAACAUAAUGGUCAACUAUAUCAACUACCACCAACUCAACCUCAAAUGCACCAUAACAAUGUUCCAGGUCCAACUCAAUUCUUCACCCAACCACCACCCCUUCUGAUCCACCAACAUCAGCCCCAAUAUCCUCCCGUUUUACCUCAGACCAUAAAUCCACCUUUACCCCAGCCAUAUCCAGUGAGUCAUCCAACUCACAAUCGACCUCAAGCUCCUCCUCAACUGAAUCCUCCGACCUUCCCCAGCGCUAAUACCGUCAAAUUAAGAUUAACCCCGGAUAUUAAGGACGUUAUGAUAGAGGUUGAUGACGAUGACUGGACGGUAUUCUUGUUCAAACCCCUUGCGGAGAGAUCUAAGAAAGAUAUUGUCUUGCAGAGUUUAUCGAAAGAUCGAAAGAUCAACACGGAAUUAUCAGUGCAACCACGUCACUCUCAAUCAAAAUCAUCUCAAUUUCGAAAAGAUACAAAGACCAACAAUGAUGAGGAAGAAGAGGUUGAUGAACUUGACGAUGAUAAUGAUGAUGACAUCAAUAUGAAUGUGAGACUGGAAAAUGGACGUGAUCGCGUAGGAUCAGAAGAUGAAGUUGGAGAUAUGUUAAUUUGA